AUGAGAUUCACUUAUGUCAAGGUAGGGUGGAAGGGUAGUGCUCAUGAUUUUAGGAUCUUACGAGAUAUUUUACUUGAUCCUAAUUGUGUCUUUCCAAUGCGACCAGCAGGCAAAUAUUAUGCAGUGGAUGCGACAUACAUAAAUAUGCCAGGAUUUAUAGCUCCCUUUAAGGGCGCAUGGGGAACCCCACAGGAGCGGGCAGUAAAAGCACUUUUCAAUAGACGUCAUGCAUCGUUAAGAAACAUUAUAGAAUGCACAUUUGGUGUCUUGAAAAAGCAAUUUUCGAUACUGAAGAGGCUUAUGCAGAACUAUUUGAUGGCAACGCAAAAUAACAUUGUCCUUACUUAUUGUGUCUUGCACAACUUCAUGCGCGAUCAUGUUCCUAAUAACACAUAUUUUGUUGAAAAAGAAGCUGAUGCAGUAUUGGCAGAUAAUUUAGACUAG